UGCGCGGUGGAGAGACCCUCAGCGCCGUGUCGAAAAUGAAAAGGCUACGCUCAACUUUAACCUAAACCCACCUAGGCAGCUGCAGAUCAGAAGGGUCCAGCACAGCUGGCGAUUCGGCUUGCCCAGAUGUCCGUAGGCCAGAGCGCCUGAUCACCAGGUCACAGCUUUCGAUAUGAAUUCUUCUGUGCCAUGUCUGCCUCUCAUGGCUUUCAACAGUCCACAACUACAAUUGCGCACAACAUGAGUUCCGCGUCGAGUGCAUCGACGAGCACCCCGCUGGACAGCACCAGCCCAUACCCCGCCGAACAACGACUCCACACCCAGUCUCCGAAACCGCUCCUUUAUCGCCUCUAUGUAUCUCACACUCUUUCCACCUGGAAUGCACGAACUUUCGAAUUCGGUGCUGUUAUUUUUCUGGCAACGAUUUUUCCUGGAACGCUUUUCUUCGCCUCCUGUUAUGCCUUGUUCAGAUCUGCCAUCGCCGCGGCCCUCGGUUCCUGGAUUGGCAGCUUAGUCGACAGCAAGAACCGCCUCUACGUAGUGCGGCAGAGCAUCCUGUGGCAGAGAAUAUCUGUCGCCCUUUCAUGCCUCGUCCUAGCUGCGCUGCUGGUCGGCAACCCUAGCAAUGGGCUGGUCCUAUACGGGCUCUUCGGCCUGGUCACCGCGCUAGCGGGUGUGGAGAAACUGGCCUUUGUCGCCAACACAGUAGCCGUCGAAAGAGACUGGGCCAUAGUAGUCUCUGACAGUCUAGGUGUCGAGAGACAGGAGUUGAACAGCACGAUGCGCAGAAUCGACCUCGUCUGCAAAUUAAUCGCACCGCUUGGCAUCGGUCUGCUCGAUGGGUAUUCAACAAAGGUCGCCAUAUGGGUGGUCUUCGGCCAGAACGCUAUCAGCGUGCUGGUCGAGUACUUCGCCAUUGCGCAAGUCUACUCGGCAGUCCCUGAGCUCGGGCACGGAAAAGACCAAAGAAACACCAAUGAAACGCCGCAAUCACCGGGCGGUACACGCACCGACCCGUCACGAUCCACUCUGAACUUCAUCAGAGAUAACGUUGGUCCGUGGAAAGACUAUUUUCAGAAUCCGGCCUUCCUGGCUUCAUUUUCCUUAUCACUGCUAUAUCUCACAGUCCUCAGUUUCGCCUCCCAGAUGACCACAUACCUCCUUACCCUUGGCUUCACAAGUACCCACGUUUCCAUCAUGCGCCUAAUCGCCGUCAUUCUCGAGCUCUCAGCAACAUGCGCUGCACCACUUCUCAUGUCCAAAAUUGGCGCCGUCCGCUCUGGACUCUGGUUCAUCAACGAACAGCUCAUCACCAUCAUGGUGGCAAUCAGCUUCUUCGCCGCCAUGACUUCAGAAACACACCUUAAAGUUGCCGGUCUCGCACUCGUUGGUGGAGUUGCCCUCAGUCGCCUUGGACUCUGGGGGUUCGAUUUGUGCGUACAGUACCUGGUGCAGGAAGAUGCGCCCGAGGCAACACGUGGCUCAUUCUCGGCGAUUGAGAUGUCGCUCCAGAACUUCUUCGAGCUACUGAGCUUCGCAACAACGAUGAUCUUUUACCGACCCGAGGACUUCAAAUAUCCAGUAUAUAUCAGCGCGGGCGCUGUGGCGCUUAGCGCAGCAUGUUUUGCAGCCUUCGUGAGGCAAAAGAGAGGGCACCUAUUGCACACAAGCAAGUGUCUCAAGAGGGCGGGCAAGAGCGGGAGAUAUCAAAUAUUACCGACGAUUGAGGAGGAGGUGGAACUAGAAGAUAGCAACACUGCUGCAGAGAGACUUUCAUAGAUACCCAAAUUUUCCGUUUGUUCAAUUCAAUUUAACAGUUCC